AUGGUUGUGAAGGAAGCUGAUUGUGAUUUACAAACUUUAGAAACAAAUAGCCAUAAAGAAGCUUCAAUUGUAACAUUGAUAAUGUUAGUACUUAUCGGUGGUACAAUUGGUACUUAUAAUAUAACAUUCUUAUAUAACUUCAUUGUGGAAGAAGAACAUUCAUAUAUGUUAACGUUUAACAUGAAAGAUAUUGAUAUUGGUAAGAAAUUUUUAUUCAUUCAAUUUUUUUGCCUAAUUGUUGGCACACUAUUUGUCUACUGUUGGUAUGGUGAACAAAUAGCAACUCUUUCAAAAUCAAUUGCUUAUUCGUCAUAUGACACACAUUGGUAUAAUAGGACAAAAGAAUUUAAAUCCUUAAUACUACAAAUGGUAACUCGAUCACAAAAGCCAGUAUAUUUAACAGCUUGCGGAUUCGUUAAUGCUACUUUAGAAUCGUAUUCUGCGGUUUUGCAAGCUUCAUUAUCAUACUUUACGCUCCUAAGGACCGUAGGAAAUACGGAUGAAGUAGAAGCAUAA